GGUGCGACUCAGGUCAUGCCGAUUUGGUUUGAUUUGACAUAUCUUUCGAGCUAGGUAGAAUACUACAAAAGCGGUUUUCAAUGCCUUAUUUUUAGAUAUAAUUUCAACACACAAGAGGUAUGAGCCGGGUUGAGAAAAUGUGUGAUUGGGGUUCGGCUCGAAAAAAGGCCGGGCUUUGUAUAUCAGCCCAACGCGAACAUAGACCUUAUGUGUUAUCUAGCUUUAAAUCCUCGCAAUUCUUUCAAGGAAUAAUCAUUAAAUUAAGUGUUUUUCUGACCGACAUGUCAACUAUACAUUAUAAAAUUCCAUAUUUAAUUACGGAUCAAUGUAUGACACGACCUGAACAAAAAGAACAUGGCUCUUAUGGACUAAUCUUCGAGAGACAUUUUUCUCAUCUAUGUGACGAAUUGUUAAUUUGUUAUCCUAGCCAGCUGAGCGGCAAUAAUACUCGCAACGGCAUUAUCCCAUCAAUUCCCUACCGUCUUCGUGAAGGAAAAAAGAAUAAUGUCACCAUUAAAUGUGAACAAAAACGUAAAGAAUUCUGUAAGGAAGCAAAAAACGAAAAUUUGUGUUCUACGGGUAAGCCUGCCUCUACUAUUUGGCAUGGAAUUCUGAUUACAACUGAACAAUUAAUAACUUUCAAGUAUAGCGAUUCUGAUUACGAUUACGAUUUUUUAACUACAAUUUCGUUAUCAAUUACGAAACAAAGGUGA